AGACGAUCUGCGCUAGGCCAGGAGUGGGAAAUGCAUGAGUCUUGGCAAGGGGUCUCGAUUCCCGAAGCUGACGACGGCACCUUCCUUCUUUCGAGCCCCAACUCCAACAAGUUCCCAUCUCAAGGCGAGCCUGAGACUCGACCUUUGGUCGAUGUCUAGCCGGAAUCUUAUCCUUCAUCACCUAGAAAGUGUAGAGCGUGGACUUCACUACAAUCAUGCCCGCAUCUGUGCAGACUCGCCUCCAGUUCAUUACCACAACCGCAGAAAAUAAUUCGCCCAGUCUACGUCCGCGUCAGAAACGCCAAGUCCGGAGUCACGCGGCGCGCAGUAGGGCGGGUCGACCUCAAGUCCAUCAGCGACCUUUAUCAUCAUGGCUCCAUCAGCAGUGCGAUGGGCCAGCAAGCGGCGCAAUUGGAGACCAUGAAGCACUCCCGCCACUGCUCGAGCCCGAACCCGCUCACCUACCCGUCGACUAUAGCCUGCUACAGCUGCCGUCUCACGUGGAGCCUCGAGUCCUCCAUGAUGCUUUGCCAUUCUUCCGAAUGGCGCAGGAAAGAAUCUACCCGAAAGACGUAUGCUAUAUACUGGUCGAACUUGACGCAACAUGGCUUGCCCACAUGAUUUCCGACCCUGUCUACUUCAACGCCGUGGCGUUUGCGACCCAGGGUUAUUUUGAGGUGGUUUCGCAUGGCCACCUAACAGCCAAGCCUCUCCUUUAUCUGACCCGGACCCUGCAACUCCUACGACAAAGACUCGACAGCCCCGAUAACCCAGGGGUUAACGCGAAUUCGACGAUGAUGACCAUCGUGCUCCUGGCUUUGGUGUCGGAGGAAAUCGAGCCUGGCGAGAACAUCGCCAAUCAUCUGGCGGGGUUGGAGAAGCUCGUUGGUCUUCGCGGUGGCCUUUCGCGAGUUCGCUCACAGGGUGAGGAGCUAUGGACCAAAGUUUGCAGGAUGGACAUCGUCGUUGCCAUUAGGUUUGACACGAAGCCAAGAUUCUUCCGAGACACCAUGUCCUGGUCAUCCUAUCUUCUUAAGAAUCAAUUGAAAGAGAGAAGACCAGACGCCAACGCUGAAGAGUUAGCGCAGUACAUCUCUGCCAAGAAUACAGAUUUGGGUAACGUGUGGCUGGACUGUAAAAUCUUCUGCGAUCUGGCCAACCUGGCUCAUCAAUCCGGGAAUUUGAUGCGCUCGGAAGACUUUGCAGAGAUCAUGCUGUCCAUUCUCUACCGCCUCCUUCAUCAUUCUCGCAUGGCGGACGUCGUGCAGGAGACUCUUCGUCUUGGCAUGCUGGCAUACAUCACGUCCAUAUACCUUGGCGAGACCAGCAUUGGCAUCGACCAGAGGCGACAUCUCAUGCAUCUUUUCACUUCCUCGCUUACAAAGCUCGAAGUGAACGUGGAAACGAUACCCGCACCACUUGGCUUUUGGUUGCUGUUCAUUUGGCACACCUUGACUUCCCCGCCAGAUGCUGCUGCGCAUCUCGACGCCUGGCUUGCUCGCCUCGCUGAGCAGCUUGACGUCGACGACUGGGAGGAGGCUCGUACCCUCCUCAAGGCGUCCCUGUGGAUCAACGUCCUUCAUGACCAUAUGGGAAAGCGUGUGUUUGAUACUCUGCGGUCGCGAAUAGGCAGAAGCAGGGCCUCUACAUCCUCAGCACAUGACAUAGCAUGAGAAGUGCUACGCCAAUGUCGCAAAGAUAUCGAAGUCUGUCGCCACAAUUAUUGUGCCUAUAAAUGAGGCUGCUGGGCACACAAAGUUGACCGGCUCCCUGCCACCUCUUCAGCUUUUCGCGACACCCCGCAAGCCCAUGGCAUGGCGCCACAAAGCACUCGCCCAAGGCCAGGCAGCCAGGCGGCCAAGGCCACGUGGCAGCUAAC